UUUAUCGAGAUUUGUUUUAUAAUGACAGUCAAACAUUUGCAUUUGACAGCAUUUUAGGAUCUAUAUUGGGUUCGGUUAGACUGGAAACGAAACCAACAAGAAAAAUUAUAAAAGUAUAUUUUGUCAAUUUUGUUAACUAAAUUGCAAGAAUUUUACAACAUUAUGGUCGGCGAAAUCCCAGACAAACUUCAAAUUGGCCCCAAAGAAGGUAUACAGUAUCCCUUAUCGGUUCAGUACUGUGGAAACUGUUCGAUGCCACUGGAAUAUUGCGAGUACUAUCCAGAUUACGAAAAAUGCAAACAAUGGCUGCGAAAGAAUCUACCAGGGGAAUUUGAACGAAUUAAUUUGGGAGCUGCAGAUACUGGAGCAACUAAACCAGCUCCUGGUGGAGGUGAAGGAGCAGCAGCAACGGAAGAAGGGGCCGGUGAAGAAGACAAAAAGCGCCAAAAGCGUGGUGGGAAAGGUAUCAUGAAAACCAAAAAGGUCAAGGAAGAUGGACCGAAAAAGGUUUGCGUUUCUCGUUCUGCUCGUGGCAGGAAAAAGUCAGUUACGGUUGUUACCGGAAUGGCAACCUUUGAUAUCGAUCUUAAAGUGGCCGCAAAAUUUUUUGGAACCAAAUUUGCGUGCGGUUCAUCGGUAACCGGGGAUGACGAAAUUGUCAUUCAAGGCGAUGUAAAAGACGAUUUGUUCGAUGUUAUUCCUGAGAAAUGGCCAGAAAUUGAUGAAGAUUUUAUUGAAGAUCUGGGAGAUCAGAAACGAUAGAUCAAUUCUAGGUUUUAAUCUCCUACAAAAUCCGUAAAGUAUCAUAUUUAAAAAUAAAAACAAUAACAUGUUGGCUCAAA